GGGCGCACGCGGCCGCAGCUGUUCCGCCGAGGGAGGGCAGGCAGGAAGCCGGAUCGGAAGAAGGAGAAGCCGCCGCCGUUGCCGCGAUGCCGUCCGACCUGGCCAAGAAGAAGGCGGCCAAGAAGAAGGAGGCGGCCCGCAGGAAGGAGGCCGGCAAGAGCAGGCCCAGGCUCGGCAGGGGGCCCGGCGAGGAGGACGAGGGAGGCGGAGGAGGGGAGGCCAACGGGCGCCCGGAAGAGCCCGGUAGGGAGGGAGGGAGAGGUGGGGGUGGGGGAAGGGAGGGAGGGAGCGGCGAUGGGAUGGCUGAGCCGUGGCUUCUCCCGGCAGAGCUGGACGAGGCUUCGAGAGCGCUGGAGGCCUUUGAGCUGAAGAAGGCGGCCGCCCGGGCGGUGACGGGGGCCCUGGCCUCGCACCCCAACAGCACCGACGUCCACGUGAUCAGCCUCUCGCUCACCUUCCACGGCCAGGAGUUGCUCAGCGACACCCGGCUGGAGCUCAACUCCGGCCGCCGCUACGGCCUCAUUGGCCUCAACGGCACUGGCAAGUCCAUGCUGCUGUCGGCCAUCGGGAAGCGGGAGGUGCCCAUCCCGGAGCAUAUCGACAUCUACCACCUGACACGGGAGAUGCCGCCCAGCGAGAAGACGCCGCUGCAGUGCGUGAUGGAGGUGGACACCGAGCGGGCCAUGCUGGAGCGGGAGGCCGAGCGCCUGGCUCACGAGGACGCCGAAUGCGAGAAGCUGAUGGAGCUGUAUGAGCGACUGGAGGAGCUGGACGCCGACAAGGCGGAGGCACGAGCCUCCCGCAUCCUGCAUGGCCUGGGCUUCACCCCUGCCAUGCAGAGGAAGAGCCUGAAAGACUUCAGCGGUGGCUGGCGGAUGCGGGUGGCACUUGCCAGGGCCCUCUUCAUCCGGCCCUUCAUGCUGCUGCUGGACGAGCCCACCAACCACCUCGACCUGGAUGCCUGCGUCUGGCUGGAGGAAGAGCUGAAAACGUUCAAGCGCAUUCUGGUCCUGAUCUCGCAUUCCCAGGACUUCCUGAAUGGCGUCUGCACCAACAUCAUCCACCUGCACAACCGCAAACUCAAAUACUACACAGGCAACUACGAUCAAUACGUCAAGACCCGAGUGGAACUGGAGGAGAACCAGAUGAAACGGUUCCACUGGGAGCAAGAUCAGAUCACCCACAUGAAGAAUUACAUCGCCCGCUUCGGACAUGGCAGCGCCAAGUUAGCCCGCCAGGCUCAGAGCAAAGAAAAGACCCUCCAAAAGAUGAUGGCCUCUGGACUGACCGAACGCGUCAUCAACGAUAAGACCCUCUCCUUCUACUUCCCCUCCUGUGGAAAGAUCCCGCCUCCUGUCAUCAUGGUGCAGAAUGUGAGCUUCCGCUACAGCAAAGAUGGGCACUGGAUCUACAACAACCUGGAAUUUGGCAUUGACCUGGACACGCGGGUGGCUUUGGUGGGGCCCAACGGGGCCGGGAAGUCCACGCUGCUCAAACUCCUUACCGGAGAGCUGCUCCCGACGGAUGGCAUGAUCCGGAAGCACUCGCACGUCAAGAUAGGCCGCUACCACCAGCACCUGCAAGAGCAGCUGGACCUGGAUCUCUCUCCGCUGGAGUACAUGCUGAGGUGUUACCCCGAGAUCAAGGAGAAGGAGGAGAUGCGGAAGAUCAUCGGCCGCUACGGGCUGACUGGGAAGCAGCAGGUCAGCCCCAUCCGGAACCUGUCCGAUGGUCAGAAGUGCCGCGUGUGCUUCGCGUGGCUGGCGUGGCAGAACCCCCACAUGCUCUUCCUGGAUGAGCCCACCAACCACCUGGACAUUGAGACCAUCGACGCCCUGGCCGACGCCAUCAACGACUUCGAAGGGGGCAUGAUGCUGGUCAGCCAUGACUUCCGCCUCAUCCAGCAGGUGGCCCAGGAGAUCUGGGUAUGUGAGAAGAAGACCAUCACCAAGUGGCCUGGAGACAUCCUUUCUUAUAAGGAGCAUCUCAAGUCCAAGAUGCUGGUGGACGAAGAGCCUCAACUCACCAAGAAGAUGCACAACGUUUGAGCAGCACCCCUCUGCCCCCCAGGAGGGAAUGGGGUUGGGGGCAGCCCGCUCUGCUCCCUGGGACCCUGGUACCAGCCUCCCCAAGGGAAGGUGGGCAAGGUUGCCUCCCUCCUGCUGCAUCCGGCCUCCCCUCAGCUUCUUUCUGCC